GUGAAAGUUACUAAGCAGCUUUAUUAUUCAUUAAACAAAUUAACAAUGGUUAGAGGAAUGAUGGGUUGGGGAGCUAAUUCUUAUGAACAAGGAUGGAGGAAAGGACCUUGGACUCCUGAAGAGGAUAAGCUGCUCUCUGAGUACGUUAACUUGCAUGGUGAGGGAAGAUGGAGCUCUGUAUCUCGUUGUGCAGGAUUGAACAGGACUGGGAAGAGUUGCAGGCUAAGGUGGGUGAACUACUUGAGGCCUGGACUUAAAAGAGGUCACAUAACACCUCAAGAGGAAGGCAUUAUUAUUGAAUUACAUGCUUUGUGGGGCAACAAAUGGUCAACAAUAGCACGUUACUUGCCUGGAAGGACAGAUAACGAAAUAAAAAAUUACUGGAGGACACAUUUCAAGAAGAAAGAAAAAGCUCCUGCAAAGCAAAAUAAGAAAAAAAUUCCAAGGCAACAAAAGACGUCACCUCAACCAGAAGUGAUCAUGAUCAAGAGGGAUGACGAUAAUGUGUUUACUAGUAAUUAUUAUCAUCAGGACCCACCUGUGGAGUUGCCAAUAGUGACGACUUCUUCAGACACAUCGUAUGUAUGGACGGAGACUUUUCCGAUGGACGGGUUAUGGGGAGGAUUAUGGAACCUAGAUGAUCAUAAUUUACUGCAGGCAGGGGGUGACAAGUGCAAGGUGGAAAUCCAAAAUCAACCAGCUACUGCUAAUUGUUCUUACGGAACUGAUUAUGCAGUUAACUUAUAUAAUGGAGGUUUUAUUUUCUGAGAAAUAAUGGACCUGAUGA